AUGGCAUCAUCAUCCAGCGAGCAGAGCCAAAUGAGGUUCUUAGCCAUCGUCCUCCCGGUGCUCACCUUUUGCGCACAUGGCCUCCUCGCCAUGUCCUUUGCGCUGCCCGGCUCGGACCUCGACGGCGCAUACUUUCCCAUCACCUACAACCUGCUUGCUUGCGGCGCAAGCAUUCUCGGCUUGGUUGGCGCACUACGGGCACUACCAAGUCUGGUGUCAGCUUACACCCUGCUGCACACAAUGACUCUGUCAUUUCUCACAAUCGCAAUCGUCAAUCUGGUGUUGCCCUGGGACUUCCGAACACUAAAUCCGGUAACUCCGAGCUAUACGGUCGACGAAUCAGCCAUAUGCCGCGACAUCGAUGCCGGCUUUGGGUGGGACACCGAGUGGCUGGAACAGUGCACUAGCAGUCUUAGCACCGUCAAGUUUUGGUGUGCGGGCUUUAGUAUGGUCUUGAUUUUUGCGCAGUGGUGGGCUCUGAUGAGUGUGCGGACGUGGGGGCAAGAGCAGCGAGCCCGGUCGCAGAGUACUCUAGGCGAUGUGGAAAAGGCCGGCCUGGGGACUGACGAGAAGACAACAAUUUAUGACGAAAAGACUGGAUUCUAA